ACCACGAGCCUGCAACGGUCUCUCCUCCUCUCCCUCCCCUCCCCGGUCUCUCCGUUUAUCCUAUAGCAAACGCUACGCGUCCCACAAACCUACCCCAAAGAAUCCGAGUACUAGAAUUACUCAUGUCAUCCUGAGACUAGAAUUACUCAUUUCAUCCUGAGAUGAGAUGAAUCGAGAGAAAAACUGGGUUUGGGCAUUUCAGGGAAGCUGUGGGGUAAGAGAUCCGGGGUCGAGCUUCCUUCGCUUCACCCCCUUCUCCCUCUCUUUCUCUCUCUCGUCCAUGGAGGUGUGAAGGCGUUGGGGUGGUGGCUAGGGUUCAUAAUCUCGGCGAAAUCGGGAGUGAAGGGAGGAGGAAAUGGCGGCAUUGGAGGGUCUGGAUGCGUUCUUGGCGGCGGCGAGUGGAGCUUGUUGUAGCCGUCUUGCCAUCUUCAUCCAGAUCCAGGGGUGCAUUAUCUGUUUGACCCUUGCUAUUGGAUGGAGUUUUGCUGCCUAUGUCAGGAGUAGAGUGAUACGGUCAAUGAAGCACAACAUGGAAGGUGGUAAUAAUUUUGCUUUUAUCUGUGAAGAUAUUAAUGAUCUUGAGCACUCUGCUCAGUUGAACUUGCCUGGGGUGUCGGUUGUCAUGCCUUUGAAGGGCUUUGGACAACAUAAUUUGCAGAAUUGGAGAAGUCAAAUUACUUCUCUUUAUGGAGGACCUCUGGAGUUCCUUUUUGUAGUUGAAAGCACUAGAGAUCCAGCUUACCAUGCUGUAUCCAAGCUGAUCUCUGAGUAUGAGGACAGUGUUGAUGUGAAGAUUCUAGUAGCUGGAUUGUCAACAACCUGCAGUCAGAAAAUUCAUAAUCAGCUAGUUGGUGUUGAAAAGAUGCAUAAAGACAGCAAGUAUGUUUUGUUUCUGGAUGAUGAUGUUAGGCUGCAUCCAGGGUCAAUUGGGGCCCUUACAAGAGAAAUGGAAAAGAAUCCUGAGAUAUUUAUUCAAACUGGAUACCCUCUUGAUUUGCCUUCUGGAAGCUUAGGGAGUUAUUGCAUAUAUGAAUAUCAUAUGCCAUGUUCAAUGGGAUUUGCAACUGGUGGAAAGACUUUCUUUUUGUGGGGAGGCUGCAUGAUGAUGCAUGCUGAAGAUUUUAGAAAGGACUUAUAUGGUGUUGUUAGUGGACUUCGAGAUGGUGGAUACUCAGAUGAUAUGACCCUAGCAGCGAUAGCUGGGAAACAUAAGAGGCUUAUUAGUUCACCACCAGUAGCUGUCUUUCCUCAUCCUCUUGCAAGUGAUCUUAGCUUUCCAAGAUAUUGGAAUUACCUAAGGAAGCAAACCUUCGUUCUGGAGUCCUACAUAUCUAGAGUUAACUGGCUGAUGAACCGUGCACUGUUUUCUUCACACUGCUAUUUAUCCUGGUCAUUUGUUUUGCCAUACUUUAUGGCAUUGAUACAUCUUGCAACGGCUUUAAGAGCACCAUUUCAUGACUCUCUUUUGAAGGAAACAUCUUGCUCAUCAUGUGGUCUUACGCUAGCUGGCUGCUUGUUUAUAUGCACUAUUCUAGAACUUGCUUCAAUGUGGAACUUGACGAAGGUGGAGAUCUAUUUGUGCAACUUGUUAUCUCCAGAGGGCCCAAGUGUCUCACUUGGUUCAUAUAACUGGGGACUUGUGUUUAUCGCUAUGCUGGUAGACAACUUCUUAUACCCCAUCUCUGCAAUGCGUUCUCAUUUUACACAGUCUAUAAACUGGUCUGGUAUUCGGUACCACUUGAAACAUGGAAAAAUUAGCAAGAUUGAAAGAUCCAAGGAAUAUGGUCCAAAUUUGACCGACCUUGGAGGAAAGCAUCUCUAUUGGAAAAGGCUAUGCCCUCCUAAAGCUUCAUUCCUUAGCUCUUUGUCAAGAAGUCUGGCACAGUGGCACCAACCAAAGAAGUAUGAUAGCUAGAAGCCUCAAUAUGCAGCGGAAAUCAUAGGAGAGUCUCCAUUCAUUUCUCUUCCAGCAUCACAGUGUAUUUUUCCUUCAUUCUAAUUUCUCGGAAUUGCAUUCAAUCAAUUGAUUCUUACAGUGCUUGAUUUGGUUCACUGCAUCUGUUUGUACUGCUAGUCUUCUGUAACAUGAUACAUAUAUUCUCACAUUUUCAUGUGAACCGUUGCAUUUCACUCGCGCGUGCUCCCACUGCAUCCUGAUGCCAAUAAACCCUUACAAGUACUGCAUGACCGUUGAACUCGGCUCUCUUCUCCUUGAGAACCUGCUACAUGCCUCAUGAUUCAUGUGACUAUGAUGAGGCAUCUGACGGCGUGACCUGGGUUGAGCUUGUUUUGAUCUCCAGUGUCUUGUGUACCGCAGUGGCUCCUCACCUCAGAGCAUUGGAGGGGUUCGUUGGCAAGCUGGAGAAGACUGUACUGUUAUCCUCACCAAAAGUGGAGGCGUUUCUUCUCUUCUGUUGCCUAUGUUGCAAUUCUCAGUGAAUUCCUUGUUAUCUCUCUCAAUUUAUGUUGUUUUUGUUCAUUAAAAUACAACGCUUCAAUUUGAUUCUUUUUACCCUUUUAGAUAACGGAUGUUGGUUAACGGUGAUGGGAAGGGCCUUUUAAGAAUGCAAAACUAAAUACUGAUUUUU